AUGACUGUCUCAAAUACAUCCAACUUCGCUACCCUUGCCGUCCAUGCAGGCUCCCAGGCUGAUGCUUCCACUGGUGCUGUUAUUCCUGCAAUUUCCCUUUCUACAACUUUUGCCCAGAGCAAGCCAGCUGUCCCCCUAGGUGACUAUGAGUACUCCCGCUCAGCAAACCCCAACCGUGAUGGCUUUGAAACUGCUGUCGCUGCUCUCGAAGGUGCAAAGUACGCUCUUGGUUAUUCCUCAGGCUCUGCUGCUACUGCAAAUGUCCUCCAAGCUCUGGCAUCAAAUACCCACCUCGUCUCAAUUGGCGAUGUCUAUGGAGGAACUCACAGAUACUUUACAAAGGUUGCCCAUGCUCACUCAGUCGAUGUGGCCUUUACAAACCUUAUUGAACAGGAACUUGAACAAGCUCUCACCCGUGAAACUUCCCUCGUCUGGAUAGAGUCCCCCUCAAACCCUACCCUUACCGUCACUGAUAUUUCUGUCGUGGCUCAAAUCAUUGCCAAGGAACGUGCUACUCGUGCCGCUGCUUCUCCUACCCCUAACCCCAUCUACCUGGUUGUCGACAAUACCUUCCUCUCUCCCUACAUUCAAAACCCACUCGCCCAUGGUGCUGACGUCGUUGUCCACUCUGUUACAAAAUACAUUAAUGGUCACUCAGACGUGGUCAUGGGUGUUGCUGCCACCUCCAAUGACCUUAUUCAUGAAAAGCUCCGCUUCCUUCAAAACGCCCUUGGCGCCAUCCCUUCCCCCUUUGACUCGUGGCUGGCCCACAGAGGUCUUAAGACCCUCCAUCUCCGCGCCCGUGCUGCCUCCUCAAACGCUCUUGCUGUUGCACAGUACCUUGAAAACGCAAUUGGCUCUACCGUCGUUGCCGUCUCUUAUCCUGGCCUCAAGUCUCACCCCAAACGUGAUGUGGUUCUCAAGCAGCAUCGUGAUGGCCUUGGUGGUGGUAUGGUGUCUUUCCGUAUUAAGGGUGGUGCUGAUGCUGCCAACAAGUUUUGCGCUUCUACCAAGAUCUUCACUCUGGCCGAGUCUCUCGGUGGCAUUGAGUCACUCUGCGAGGUCCCUGCUCAAAUGACUCACGCUGGUAUCCCCAAGGAUAAGCGUGAGGCCUCUGGUGUCUUUGAUGACUUGAUCCGCUUGUCUGUGGGUAUCGAGGACUCUGAGGAUAUCCUGGCUGAUAUUGAACAGGCCCUUGCCAAGGCUACUGCUUAA